AUGUUUGAAUGCAUAAGAUGUAAUAGAAAGCCGACGGCGGAAGAUAAGGAGGAUGAAGAGGUCGGUCAGAGUAAAGAAGCCGUCAAAAGCCUGACUGCGCAGAUAAAAGAUAUAGUACUGAAGUUUACCGGUGCUUCCUGCAAACGAUCCGGCUCCUACCGAAAAGGACCGAGAUCUUCUCCGAAAUCGGUAGAGAACUCGGAAGGGGUUCGAUAUCCUUAUAUGGGGGGUGUGACCUCAGGUUCUACUCCUCCUUGGGAGUUAGGUGGCAACUACAGCAAUGGCAACCAAACUCCUAGAGUGCAAGAGCCAGUUGUGGUGGAGCCUGAAGCAGUGGCGGAGGAAGAGAUUGGUAACAAAGUGUGGGUGGCACAAGUGGAGCCGGGGGUUGAUGUUACCUUUGUGUCUCUUCCUGGUGGUGGAAAUGAUCUCAAGAGAAUUCGAUUCAACCGAGAAAUGUUUGAUAAAUGGCAAGCUCAAGUAUGGUGGGGAGAGAAUUACGACAGAAUCAGGGAGCUAUAUAAUGUCCAGAGAUUUAAUCGUCAAGCUCUCAACACUCCUACACCGUCCGAGGAUGAGCAAAAAGAUUCUUCGAACCCAAGGAAUCACCAAACUGCAAGAGAUAGCCCAGUGGCUGCAUGGUUGAACAAUGAUUCAAUGCCGAGGAAUCAGUAUUAUAGUACUUCGGGAUUCACUACGGGUCAAGGAAGCAGUAGCAACCAAGAAAUGCAUGCAGCAGGGUCAUCCAUGGAAGCAUCAAGAGCCUCUUCUAAAGAUGAGCAGUUUUUCAGCAAUGCCGUUGGAAUUGAGUCAGAAUGGAUUGAGCAAGUUGAGCCGGGCGUCUUUGUUACCAUCAGGCAGUUACCUGAUGGAAACAAGGAGCUUCGCCGUAUCAGAUUCAGCCGAGAGAGGUUUGGAGAUGAAGAUGCAAGGAAAUGGUGGGAAGAGAAUAGAGAAAGAGUUCAAGUUCAAUACAUGUGA